AAACUGUCUCUUCAUUAUCAAAAGCAAUACAUUUUAAAAAUUCGCACCUCGGUGUCCAGUCUUUUCAUUGUAAAACCUGAUCUUCAUUGUGAAUGUUUGGUCUUUUCAAUCAAAAUCACUGUAUUAUGAGCAACUCGGAGGGUGGAUAUAAAGUCAUUUUGCAAUAUUGAGACAGACUCAAUGAAAUUGCAUCUGAAUAAUCUUAUCAUGCACUUUUAGUUUCUGUCUGUAAAAAACUUUUGCUAUUUAUGAACUUUUCAUUUUUAAUUAUUUACAAGUUAUACUCACAUGUGUUGUUAUUGAAUAUUCUGGAAAUAUCAAUUUCAACGUGAAUAAUUGUUGAUACUGGCAAACCAUUAUUUUGUAAAACGUUACAUGUUUGGUUAUUUAAUUAUCUUUUAAACCAGGAGAUCAUUUUACAUAAAGAAAAGUUGGAUGUUCAAGUGAAUUUUAUGAUAGGCAAUUAGUUUUAACUAUUUUCAUUGUAUAAUGGAUUUAUAUUUAAAUUGAAAGUCUCAAGUCCAGGUUAAGAUAGGUUCAAAAAUAUCAGCUGUCUUUUUAACAUCAUAUGUUUCAAAGCACAUUGGUUGCCAAUGAUUGGUAUCAUCUGGAUUGUUGUUUCUUUAACGUGAUGUCUUGGUUUUGUUAUUUUAGAUAAUCUUUUUUAUAAUUAAUUUACUUUCAAUUGAUUGAUUUUCAUUAUCUAAAAUACUGUCUAUUUAUCUGGAAAAAAUGAGCAAAAUAUCACUGAAAAAGAGUUUGUUAACUUUCGUGCAACUUCGUAAAGGUGUUUAUAAUGAGAUAGUGAAUCACAAACAGUUAGAAGGAAUUAGAUGGAAACGAUUUCCUGGUAUCAAUAAGUAUUUGAAAGGUUUCCGUCCUGGUGAAUUGACAGUAUUAACUGGGCCAACAGGCUGUGGAAAGACAACCUUUUUGUCUGAAUAUUCUUUAGAUCUAUGUCUUCAAGGCGUACCCACUCUUUGGGGCAAUUUUGAGAUCCAAAACACUCGUCUGUGUAAGGCUAUGAUGAACCAACUUGCUCAAAAGCAGUUAAGUGCUAAUUUACAGGAAUUUGAUCACUGGGCCGAUAAAUUUACUGAAUUACCAAUGUAUUUUAUGAAUUAUCAUGGAGCUGAAGCCUUUGAAAAUGUCUUAGCAACCAUGAAAGAAGCGGUUACCAACCAUCAAGUUAAGCACGUUAUAAUUGACAAUUUACAAUUUAUGAUGGGAACUAGAAACAAGAAGUAUUUUCAUCUUGAUAGAUAUGAAUAUCAAGAUCAUGUUAUUGGUUCAUGUAGAAGUUUUGCAACCGAAAAAGAGUGCCAUAUAACUCUUGUUAUCCACCCAAGGAAGGAAGAUUCAGGAGAGUUGACCUUAAAUUCAAUUUUUGGCGGAGCAAAAGCAAGUCAGGAAGCUGAUAAUAUACUUAUUUUUCAAGUUGAAUGGAAAGGUAAUACAAGGCAAAGGAAGUAUUUACAAAUAAGCAAAAACCGGUAUGAUGGUGAUUUAGGAAGUAUAACUCUUAAAUUCAAUAAGGAAACUCAAGGUUUCGGUACGAGUUCUAGUAAAUCAAAUCAAGUUACUGACGAUAUUCUUAUUGAUUGAUCGUAAACUCGGCUUAAUUUAUCUUGAGCAAUAUUUAAUCAACUUGUAACGAUAUGGUUAACAAAAAUCCAAUCAAAUUACAAUUUAUUGUUCAAUAUUGUUUUUUUUUGCAUAUAUUAAUAAUAUUAAUUGAAAAUAGAAAA